AUGCCUGUAGCACAUGUUAUUCUUCAACGUACACUUGUUCGUGGUAAUCAAUGUUCAAAUAAUCAAUAUGAUACAGAAAAUUUACAUAGAGUUCAAAAUAAUUAUCAAGAUUCCUCGCUUGAUAUUGAUUUAUCACAAGCAAAAUACCGUAAUGAACGAUUGAAACAAAAAUAUGAUAAUUCAGGAAAAUUGAUAUAUGCUUAUGAAACAUUAUUAUCUGAAUGGCGUAUGACUGAAUGCUCACCAUGGUCAUCAUGUUCGGUUAGUUAUGGCCAUAGAAUAAAAACACAUCGACGUACUUAUCUUAUGCCAGAUAAAGCUUUUCGUAGUCAUUGUAUUCAAAGAACCUAUGAUAUGACUUCAUGUUAUUUGACAUCAUGCUUAUCAUCAAUGACAGAUGAUAAUUCGAAAUCAUCAAAUAAUGCAAUGUGUAUGGUAAGCCAAUGGUCACCAUGA